CGGGGUUCGAAAUGUCCAACUCCUAGGCUCCUGUUAGUUCAGGGAUCCUUGUAGUAAGUAUUUAUUGCGACGGCAAAGUUUCCUGCAAAUGCUUCAAGGAAAAUCUCAGGACAUUGCUUUCUUAUGACAAGAAGUGUGGACAUGAAAAUCUUCUCCAUUUUCCACUGCCUUUGCUCCCUUUUCAUUCUAGCAACGCUUGUUUCCCGUACUCUUGGUGAUUUGAACUCAGAUGAACAAGCCCUUCUUGCCUUUAUAGAUUCUGCCCCCCAUGAUCGCAUGAUCAACUGGAAUCCAGCUAUCCCCAUAUGUUCCUCUUGGGUAGGCAUCAACUGUAGUAGAGGUGUGGGUCCCCGUGUGGUUUCUGUUCGACUUCCGGGAAUUGGACUCAGUGGUCCCAUUCCGGAAAAGACCCUUGGAAGGCUGGACGCUUUGACGGUUCUUAGUCUUCGAGCCAAUUUUCUAAAUGGAAGUCUUCCUUCAGACCUUACUUCCCUUUCAUCACUUCGUUAUCUUUUCCUUCAAAAUAACAACUUUUCCGGUCAUAUCCCAACUGUUUUCCCCCCAAAACUAAUCGUUUUGGAUCUUUCAUUUAAUUCGUUCACUGGUGAAAUUCCCAAUCUGAUGCUCCCAAGACUUAAACAUUUGAAUCUAAGUCACAACCUUCUUAAUGGUUCUAUUCCGCCAUCCCUUCAAAACUUCCCAAAUUCUUCAUUUGUGGCCAACUCAUUGUUGUGUGGGUUACCUUUAAUUCCUUGUUCCCCUCUUGACACAGAAGUGAGAAAAAAGCAUAGCCAUGAGAAAAGGCUUAAGUUGGGAGUUAUAAUUGCCAUUGCAGUAAGUGGGACAGUGCUACUCAUUAUAGUUGCUUUAUCCAUUCUCUUUUGCUGCCUGAAGAAAAGAGAGAGUAACACUAUACGUUCCCUCAAAGGAAAGCCUCCUAACAGAGGAAGGGGUGAUAAACCAAGGGAGGAAUUUGGCAGUGGGGUGCAGGAAGCGGAGAAAAACAAGUUGUUUUUCUUUGAAGGAUGUUCGUACAACUUUGAUCUUGAGGACUUACUAAGGGCUUCAGCCGAAGUGAUGGGAAAGGGGAGCUUUGGGACGACAUACAAGGCUAUUCUGGAGGAGUCAACAACAGUGAUUGUUAAGAGGCUGAAAGACGUCAUACUGGGGAAGAGGGAGUUUGAACAACAGAUGGAAGUUGUUGGCAGAGUUGGACAGCAGCACCCUAAUGUGGUGCCUUUGCGUGCAUAUUAUUAUUCCAAGGAUGAAAAACUUCUGGUCUAUGACCAUUUUACAAGAGGCAGUUUGUCAACGCUUCUUCAUGGAAGCCUGGCAAUGGAAAGAGCUCAUUUGGACUGGGAAAGUCGAGUUAAGAUAGCACUAUCUGCAGCGAAGGGGAUUUCACACAUCCACCAUAUUGGUGGUACCAAAUUCACUCAUGGAAAUAUAAAGUCCUCGAAUAUACUUCUUAACCAGGAUUUCGACGCUUGUGUCUCUGAUUUUGGUUUGUCCCCAGUCAUUAACUUCUCUGGAGCUCCUAAGCAACCUGGAUAUCGGGCCCCAGAGGUGAUUGAAACUCGUAAGCACACGCACAAAUCAGAUGUUUACAGCUUCGGAGUCUUACUGCUAGAAAUGCUUACUGGAAAGCUUCCAAUUCAAUCACCCGGGCGUGAUGACGUGGUUGAUCUUCCAAGGUGGGUCCAGUCGGUGGUCAGAGAAGAGUGGACUGCCGAAGUUUUUGAUGUGGACUUGAUGAAAUUUCAGAAUGUGGAAGAAGAGAUGGUUCAGAUGCUGCAGAUUGCUAUGGCGUGUGUGGUGAGGGUUCCCGAUAUGAGACCUGACAUGGAUGAAAUUGUUAGGAUGAUUGAAGAGGUCCGGAAUUCAGGCUCUGAAAAUAGGCUGUCUUUGGAAGAAAUCAAACCUAAGGAUUCAAAUGUAAAGACCCCUUGAUAGGUAUAUGGGAAUUUAUUUAUAGUUCUAAUAGAUGAAUGGUUUCCAAUGUGGAGAGGGUUUUUCAAUUACCAAUAUACUUUGUACUAUCGUAUAUGUUUUUCCUCUUGUCCUUUACAAAAGAAUUCAGGCUCAGUUUGUUUCAUCAUUUGUUGUUCAAGUUCAUUAUAGUGGGAAUCAUCAAAUGGCAUACAAAAAAGCACCAUACCUCAUCUCAUUUUAUCAUAGUAACAUU